AUGGCUCUCAGCUUGGAUGGCAGUCUUCCAGCCUUCUUGUCGAGCCGUUGGCCUUGCCCUUGGCCCUCCCGGCCUUGGGACGUCCCCAGGACAUGUGUCACUGGCACUGGACGACAUGUUUGGAGCUUAUCAGUAGUUGUCAUGGUGAAGCAGAUGCACGCCGGCAGACGUACCAUCUUCGCAAGGGCUUCCCGGCGUCAGACUGGCAAAGCGCUUCAGCUCAGUCGUGAUAUUGGACGGCUGACUCAGCCUGAAGACAUUCUGGCAUUCGUGGAAGACCACGUGCAUGAGUUCAGCUUCGUCCAUGCGGUGUCUUGCUUCAGCCGAUUGGGACGGAUGAGACACCGGACUCGCCAAAGCUGGUCUGCUUCAGAGCCUUUCCAGAACCUCAUAGCAGCAAUUGACGUCUUCGGUGAAAGGGGUGAGAUGGAUGCAGAAGCCUUGCGAGCCACCCUCGUGGCGGCGGUCUACCUGGCGGAUGGGGGCAUGGUGCGACGGAUGGUGUGGAAAUGCGCUACAGCAUUACUGACGAAGCUUCCGGCAGCAAGUUUGACAGAGCUGGCAAACAGCACCUGGGCUCUCGCGAAGCUGGAGCACCGCAACGAGAAGCUGUUGCGGGGUGUCUCAUCGGAGGUGCUCAGACGAGUGGCAGUUGGACAGGCGAUGAGUGUCCGGGAUGUCCAGAAACUGGUUUGGGCGCUGGCAGCAUUUGGUUGGCGCGAGGAUCUGUCGCUAUUCCGCUGCUUGAGUGCUGAAGUGCAGAGAUGCAACGAUUUGUCAGCGGUGGAUGCGAGCGUCAUAGCCUUCUCUUUCGCACGACUUGGUGUGGAAGAUGCUGCGCUUUUUCGAGUUCUCUCCCAGCACGUACAAGAUCGCCUCCUUGUUGACCUCAACGCACAGGGCAUAGCCAAGGUGGCCUACUCGUUUGCAGUUUUGGGCCACGCCGCCGACGAGCCGCGGCUCUUCCGGGCCUUGGCCGCUGAAUCCGCCAGGAGGAUUGCAGCUUUUGGUGCGCAGGAGCUGGCCAACCUGAUGCAAGCUCUGGUCUGGUGCAGGGCUUCAGGCUGCGUCAUCUUCGGGAGCUCCGAGGUUCGGCGAUUCCUCCCCUUGGCUUCAAGAAGGUGCACGGAGCUGUGCCACUCUGCUAUUCCGAAGGACUUGUGUUGCUUCGCAUGGUCGUUUGCAUCGUUAGGGAGCCACUGCGCCACAGUUCUUCCAGCUGUGGCGGAAGCCUCCAUCCAUCGACUUUCCGACUUCGAUCCUCGAUUUUUGAGUGGUCAGCUAGCUUGGGCCUUUGCAAGCACAGGCACCAUCAACCCGGCAUUAUUCGAUGCCAUUGCCGUUGCCGCUUUGGACCGCAUGUGUUCAUAUGCGCCGCGAGACAUAUCGAAUCUUGCUUGGUCCUUUGCGAUGUUGGGACAUCGAAACCUUGCCCUGUUCGACUCUCUGUGCAGCAGGGCCCUACUAGAACUCGAGCGGUUCAACAGCCAGGACCUGGCCAACAUGUUGUGGGCCUAUUCUCAUCUCGGCAUUCGAGCACCUGCGCUGUUCGCAGCGAGCGAACAGCAGGUGAAAGCAACUAUUUCAAGGCCCAGUCUUCAGGAGCUUUCCAGUAUUGCCUGGGCAUACGAAAACGCCUGCAUGAUGAGCUCUGCUCUUCUGUUGGCUAUGGAGUGUGAGUUUGCCAGGAGGUUGCUUCUGGGACCUGGCAAAGCGCGGCCUGCGCAGCGUGCCCGUGAUGUGAAAGCGCUCUUGAGACAGCUGAGGUCGACAGGUCGUCUGCGGCAUGACAUUACAACGAGAGCAAAAGCUGAGCUUCACCAGCUUGGAAAAAUGCAGGAUGCGGUCAUACCCGUUGAGCGCUCGCCUGGACGAGGCCUCGCCGUCGGCGCUGAGCUCCCCCGCUUCGAACUGGAUCUCUCUGAUCGAUCGGUGAUCUACAAGCCCCCCGGUUGGGAGGUGCAGGGUUCCGGUGAGCUUGGGCACCACCAGCUCUCAGCUUUCGUGCAAUGGACUGUGCCGCAGAAGCUCCCCAUUCUGCACGAUGGGUACAGUUCCUACGGCUUCCUGCACCGUUUGGAUGUUUCCACAUCUGGCCUGGUUCUGCACGCGAAGAGCUAUGUGGCCUACCACGACCUAGACUUGCAGCUCCUGCGGCGCGAGAUUGACCGGGAGUACUUGGUACUGGUGCAUGGUCUGGUCUCACCCGCUCGCAUCUCCCUGCUCUUGCCGGUCUAUGUGGGAAAGGAUUCGGAAAGCCGCCCAAGCCAAGUGGCAGUGCCUGGUGCACGAUUCAGCCUCAGCCACCUGAAGGUUCUUGCCCAUCUCGGGCCACGGCAGUCUACCAGUCUGCUGACGAUGAAGAUCGACACUGGCAGGCGACAUCAAAUCCGAGCCCAGACGUCGCACGUGGGCCACGCGGUGGUGUGCGACUGGCUCUACACUGCGCAGCCCACAUAUUCCACGGACAAGGAGUGGUGCUGCCGAACAUUCCUGCACCGUCAUCGCCUUGCUUUCAAAGACAAAGACGGAAAGCAGCACGAUGUGACGCUUGGGCUGCCAGAAGACCUGCGCAACGCCCUUGCAUCCUCUGCUGCGAAAGACGACGCAUCGAGGCUUGCCGUGCGGCACUUGCCCAUGCGGACUUUUGCAGACUACAAAGUGCUGUCCAAAGCUGAACGCACGUCGUAG